GGUUAGGUUAAGGUGUGGUUAAGUUACAUUAGAGUUAAUUAACAUUUCUGAGUCAUUAUUAACUCUAGUAUGUAUGUUAAUUAGCACAGUAAUUAAUAUAUGCAAAUUAUAUUCACAGGUGGAAAAGACUGAUUUUAUUUGGUGGAAAAAGACUGGAUUAAUAUAGUGAAAAUAGAGGCAUAAAGAAUGAAUAAAAUAGUGAAUAAUAAAGAGAAGAUAAUGAAUUGAACAAGACAAAAAGUUCACAAAUUGCUGUUCAUUGUUCAGUAUAAAUUGUAAUUUGUUCACAAUGUCCAAACGCCUCCAUUCUGGUUUCCUGACGAUUUCCAUAAUAAUUCCUUUGUGUGUGUUUAAUUUAUUUAUAUCUGCUGGUAUAUAUAAUAAAACUCCCAUUAUGGUAGAGAAACAUGGUAGAGGGGGUAUGGUAAAUGAGUGUUCAAUGGGAAGUGGUAGUAAUGGUAGGCCUAUGGAAAUGGCUAUGAGUAAGGUUGCUCCUGACGGGUGUACAAUGGAAGUACCUCUAGUUAUGGUAGUAUGUGAUGGAAAGGGGGUUAAUGGUAGUGAUGGUAGGCCUAUGGAACUGGCUCUGAGUGGGGUAGGGUCCGAGAUGCUACGUGGGUCAUGGGAGAGGCAGGCAGAACAAGUGACUACCUUACUUAAGACACUGUUGUACUUCAGUAGCUGUUCCCACUGGAGGGUUAUAGUGUUGACAGAUACGUUCGAUACCUACCUGAAGGUGGUCAAGAUCAUGGAUGCCUUCCCUAGCAGGCACAGAAGGCGACUACUGCUGCAGUAUAGGGACGUCUGGCUUCCAAGCGGAUAUGGGAAUUUGAAGGAUCAUUGGAGAACGUGUGUGUGGGCCAAACAGUUCCUGGCUGAAGCGCUACCCCAGGAGGACGCUGUGGUGUAUGUGGAUACUGAUCUGGUGUUCCUAGGACCUGCAGAACAGCUGUCGUGGCUCUUGAGAUCCAUGGAUGACCAGCAGGUGGUGGCUCUGGCCCCCGAGCCACAGUAUCUGGUCGAGGAACCCAAAUAUCCAUCGGCGGGUCGGGUCGGACUCAACACCGGAGUAAUGGCCGUCAACCUGACCCGGCUGAGACGGUUACCCGGAGGUGGUCUAGGCAGCGCCAUCCUGAAGGAGGGAUCGUUCGUUCCCGCCCCUCGGCACGACCAAGACGCCGUCAACCACUACCUGGCCAACAAACCUCACCUACUACAGGAGGUCACCGCCCGCUGGAACUUCCUCCCUUCAUCUUGCUUCACGGAGGCACCACCCUGCCCUGACUGUGUCUCUGAAGGCAUCCUCCUCCUGCACGGUGCUGACGCUACCUUCUUCAGACACGUAGACAGAAAAUAUUUGGUAAUAUACUCCCUACUAGCAAGCUUACAGCUACUAGAUGACCCUCGAUCUCUACUAGCCAAGGCCGUGGCUAGUUUGGCUAGUACAGAUGCAUGGUAUGAUUAUCCCUGUAGUAAUUAUACCAAUAUCAACCAUGCUCUUACUCUUGGGAUGAUAAAUGCAACCAAAUUAUACCAUUAACUAGAUUGUGAGUUAGUUAGGUUAGGUUAGCCAUUUAGUCUGUGUGUAAUAAAAAUAUGUACUAAACAUUAUUUUAAUUACCUUGUAAAGAAUUGUGUUUUGAGAGAGAGAGAGAGAGAAUGUGUAUGCUUAUAGUGUGUGUACAGUAUGUG